AUGAAAAAUGCAGCCCGCACCAUUCGCACUCGCCAGCAGGUGCUAUACACGAGGUCCGUGUCUCACAGCGGAGCCGGACUCCAGCCGCCCGGCAGCCUCGUGUCCUCAGUGGUGGCCCACGCUCUCCGAGAGCCCCAGCCGCCUCCACGCUGGAGGGGACACAGGAGGCACUCGGUCAACAGCCUUCCCGACAUCCCACUGCGCAGGGCUGGCAUGGAAGGUGCCUCGGCCUGCAGAGGGGUCUCGAGACUGCCCAUUGGCCAGCUGAGGCCCCUGAGUGACCUCUGCCAACCACGUGGAACAGAGCUGCCAGGCCUGGCCCUGCCCCGCUUUCUGAUCCGUGAGAUCACAAGAGAGAGAAAACGGUCAGUAGUUUAUGGUCCAGCAGAAUCUCAGAGAGUGGUAUUUGAACAUGUGUGCCCUCUACUUACGUCUCUCUUAGACGGGUACAACGUUUGCAUUAUGGCUUAUGGACAGACAGGAAGCGGGAAGAGCUACACCAUGUUGGGCCCACGUUACAAAAAGGAGCCUGUCCUGCCCUUGGAAUCUCACAGCGACUUAGGAAUCAUCCCCAGAGCCGUUAAAGAACUCUUCAGGCUUAUUUCAGAAAAUCCGUCGAGGAGCCCAAAGGUUGAAGUUUCCAUAGUGGAAGUUUAUAAUAACGACAUUUUUGACCUUCUGGCCAAAGACAGUUGUGCAGUGACCUCUGGGGUCAAGCGUGAGGUGCUGACAACCAAGGAGGGAAAGAAGGAGGUCCCCUCGCUGACCUAUGAGUCUGUCCGCAGUGCAGAGGAGUUCAUGACGCUUGUGGGCGGACAUCUGCAGCUCAGGGCGAAGCAUGCCACCCUCGUGCACGCCGACUCUUCCAGAUCUCACCUGAUCAUAACAGUGACUCUGACCACAGCCCCCUCCUGGGAUGGCCCUGCCGACCAGCAAUCAGAUCGGUCACUGCUCAAGGAGCUCGACUGCCCCUUGCCCCAGCAGCCGGCCACAGGGAGAAGGUGGAGCGCUGCCCCCCGAGCCUCGUCCAGGUCCCCGGGGGCCACGCCUGAGAGCCCCGCCGGACACGUGGAGCAGGUGCGCGCCAAGCUGCAGCUGGUGGACCUGGCAGGCAGCGAAUGCGCUGGUGUGUCUGGAGUGACAGGAGUGGCCCUGAGGGAGACGUCGUCUAUAAACCGGAGCCUGGCGGCCCUGGCUGACGUCCUGGGGGCCCUGUCGGAGCGCAGAGGCCACGUCCCGUACCGGAACAGCAAGCUCACCCACCUGCUCCAGGAUGCUCUCGGAGGCGAUGCAAAGUUACUGGUGAUUCUGUGCGUGUCCCCCUGCCAGAAGCACGUGGCAGAGACGCUGCAGAGCCUGGGGUUUGGUGCCCGGGCACGGCAAGUCCAGCGAGGCUGGCUAGAGGAGGCCGUCCGGCCCCCAGAAAGCCCAGGGUGCAGGCUCGGUGACCUCGGUGGCCCUUUGCCUGGGGCGGCCCAGCUGGGCAUGUGGGUACCUCCGGCACAGGGCACUGACGGGCAGCCCAGGAAACCCGCGACACCACCGCUGACUCUGGUCCUCACCGUGCACCACCACGAGCAGAACAGUGAGGACGAUGACGUCCCAGGCACAGGGCUGUGCAGGGACAUUGAGUGCUUGGAGCUGACAGCAAACUACAGGUCAGUCCGUGUAGAUGAGGAUGACAGCAGUGGCCCUCCCUGGAGCCUGUGGAAGGAACACAGGCCCACCUGGGGUCAGGAGGCGGGCAAGGUGCAGCACAAGCCCCGCCUUCCACCUGGGGACACAGACGCCAGUCUGCUAGCGCCGGCUCCCUCCACCCGCUGA